CGCUCCGCGCACCACCACCACCGAUUCCUUCUUUUCAAAAAAUAGUCUCCGCAUCUAUUUUUCUAAAAUUACAUCGUAGCGAAGAUGCCCGGAAAGUUUGACCCGUCCGCUGUCUCUGUGAUUACCCUCCGCGCUACUGGUGGUGAGGUUGGUGCGUCGUCCGCCCUUGCUCCCAAGAUCGGUCCUCUGGGUCUUUCGCCCAAGAAGGUCGGUGAGGACAUUGCCAAGGCCACCAAGGACUGGAAGGGUCUGCGCGUCACCGUUCAGCUGACCGUCCAGAACCGUCAGGCUACCGUCUCGGUCGUUCCCUCGGCCUCGUCGCUGGUCAUCCGCGCCCUUAAGGAGCCCGUCCGCGACAAGAAGAAGGAGAAGAACAUCCUGCACAACGCGUCGCCAAGAUCCAUGCGUGAGGCUGACAAGUCGCUGGCCCGCGAGCUCAAGGGUACCGUCAAGGAGAUCCUCGGCACCGCCUUCUCCGUUGGCUGCACUGUCGAUGGCGAGAGCCCCGUUGACAUCCAGCAGAAGAUUGACGAUGGUGAGAUCGAGAUCGCCGAUAACUAA